CGGUUGCCUAGGCGACGAGGGUUGCUUCCUCUAGCGGUAACAUGGCGGGGUCGUCGGGAGCUACCCCAGGGGCGAUAACCCCAGUGACUCCAGCAGGCAGCACAGCUGACUCUGAGAAAAACACUGAAUUCCAGGAGAAUGAAAAGAUUCUGUCUCAAGAUUUUCUCUCAAUUGACCAGAUCACUGACCUGCUGAAAGAGGGGGACAUAGAUGGAAUUCAAGAGAAAAUGAGAGUAUUUCUGAAUAUUAAAAAUCUCCAGACUUGCUUAAGAGAUGCCAUUCUCUUGGACUACUAUGUGUCCGGGUUCCUUUGGGCCAAAGAAAUGGACUUUUCCCUUGACCAAUAUUCAAAAUUUAUGACUCUGCUGGACAUGUUACUGCAUAAUCUUCAAACACUCCAUAUGUCCUUAGAGGACAGCAUCAAGUGGCUCGGGGAAGUGAUGGCAGAAAUUGGACCAAACCGUUCACGGAAGAACGAGGGGUUGCACGUCUUUGAUGUCAAAGAAGCCAACGCCAUCAUCGAUUACUUGAAAAUCAGCUUAUUCCAGCACUACAGGCUCUAUGAGUUUAUGUUCUACUCGACCAGAGAAGAAAUUGUCAUAGGAACCGCGCAAACCAUCGAAGUUGGCAAGCCCGCAGACCACCCUUUUCCAGCCCCACUGGAGGAAGGGAUCUCCUUGGACAUAUUUUCAGCCUUCAUAGAGCCAUCGCCAACACCAGAGACUGAACGGAAGGCGCUGGAUCAAGAGGAAAGCCCGCUGGAGCCCCAGACAGAGAGUGAGGCUGCAGAGGUGGAUCCUUUAGUCGGCUUCACCAUUGACGAUGUAAAAUCAGCCCUGGCUCGAGUGACAGAUGAGGUUUUGUUGAACAUUCAGAACGAGAUAAAGGAAAAACUGCAAGUCCAGGAAGAAGCCUUUAACGCACGAAUAGAGAAACUGAAAAAGGCCUGAGGACUCGCAACAAGCAAAGUGAUGCCGAACUUCAGAGAAACAGACAAAACUGGCCAGAGUAAUCGAUUCUCUGGAGUGUAGUGUUGCCUCCACGCAGCCAUGAAAGGAAAGCCCACUUUUCUUCAUGCAGACUGAUUAGCAGCGCACUCUCCUGCCCCUCCUGUCCCACACCCACCUUUGAGUCUGCAGUGCCAAAUGCAACUACACUGCAUGGUGUGGAAGGGUCUGGAG